CAAACAGUGGAUCAUAGACCUGAAGGUGUAUUUGGGAGGUGUCCAGAUGGUCCCAGCAAAAUGACAGAUAUCUGCUGCUGAUUCCUGACAUGAGUGUAAAACACAGAGAUAAUGCAGCUUUUUUAAAUACUGCAGAGAGACACAGUUUGACAGCAGCUUAAGUGUGGGGUCUGAAAAUUGGCAGGUCGGGUUGUUAUUUUAUUCAUAAAAUCCUCUGUCAAAACAAUUUGAAGCAGUGAGGAUAAAAGCCAAAACUGCAAUAACCAUAAUGAUAGAUUUUGGGAAGAUGCAUAUGAUUUCAUAUUUGUAACCAUCUUAUCUCUUGCCAUGUGUUUAGAUUUCAUAAUUUGAAAUUUGGAAUUCACAUUAAUUUGACGCCAUUUUCCACCCGCUGAAAAUGCUCCUCUCUGGUCUAUUAGAAGUUAUGGUCUAACAAAUAAAUCUGUUAACUUAGUACAUUAAAACAAACGAGAUGUUGGCCCAAUAAUAAAGUGAUUUAUUAGAGAUGAGGCAGUCAACAGUGGUCGUAGGCUACUGUCAACAGAGGCGGCGCAGCCUGGGAUUCCCCUCACUCUCAGCAGUGUAGUCAUAUCAUAACACAACUCAUCACAAACGGUCUUAUCAGCUGCGGUCUGUUGCGAAACAUGUUUAACCGAGUGUCCUUGAUAAAAACAGGGAAUCCUGGAAUCAAACAAGUCAGCUACAAAGACUAAAUAUUUGUUGAAGUUGACUUUUUUUUUAAUCGUACAGGUUUUUCUUAGUACGACAUGUGACGUUACGAUGUCUUCAAAUGAUGUCGGGAAAAAUGGGAGCUUCUAAAUUGGCGUUAACGUAAACAAAAAUAGUAUUUUAUAUGUACUUUCUUUAGACUGUCUCUUAGGUUUUAGAGUGUAGACUUACUUAUUUUUAUGUUUUUCAUUGUUAUGUUUGCUUUCUUUUAUGCAUCACCAAUUUUAUGAAGCCCCCAUAAACUGCUCCAUUUUGAUUCUACCCACUACGUUUUUAAUGAACUGGGUUCAGUAGAGAUUUUUUCACUAAAUCAUAAAUCAAAACAUCUCACUUCUACUGAUGUUUGUGUGUGUGCAUGUAUGUUGGGGAUGUUUUGCAUGAGCGUAUCUGGAUAAUAAUCAAUCAAUCAAUCAAUCGAUUGAUUUUUGCUCUGAAGAUUGGUUGUACAGCUGUGCGAAACAGCUCAAGGUAAAAACACAAAGCACAUGGAUACAUCACAUGAACACAAAAAAGGAAGAGAAAAAGACUACAGUUUUAACAUAAAAAAAACUUGGGUCCUGAGUACAUGUGAUUAUGUCACCAAAAAUAAAACAUAUUAAAAUUGUACGUACCAUAAAGUAUUUAAAACAACGACCUUAUUUUUUUUUUUUACAUCAUUAAUUUUUAGGCUAAUUAUUUUUUGUGUGUUUGUUUUUGUCCUGUGAGUUAUGGUUUGUAGCCUAGGUUGUGAUAUCUAUUUUUGGCCAUUUUAGAAAAUAAAAGAAAAGUGGCGACAAUACAUUAUGCCUCCCCCUGAAAUGUAAAUUUCCGAGGAGUACCUGAAGGUACCACAGGACUGCCACUCAGUCAGAAGUUCGCCCUGAAGUUCACGGCUUCGCCUCCAGUGUGUCUCCACCAGGCGGCGCAGCCCGGGGGGGAGGCUCAAUCCAAACCAUCCACUCCGCUUCUCCUCGUACCAUGAGCUGAAUCUGUCCGGGACAGACCAGGGAAGAUGGCGGCCACUGACCAUUCCCGGUCCGAAGCUGCCAAACAGCGUCGCCAGGAUCAGCUGCAGCGAUGGUUGGGCUCGGAGACGGAUCAGACGGGAUCGGAGGCCCGGGAAACCUCGAGCGGUUCCGGGACGCGGCGGGCGAAAGUCCGGUUCGCCCAAGGGGCCGUGUUUAUGGCCGCCUGCUCCGCCGGAGACCGGGAGGAGGUGGCAGCGCUGCUCCGGCAGGGAGCUGACAUAAAUCACGCCAACAUAGACGGACUGACAGCGCUUCACCAGGCCUGCAUUGAUGAAAACGCAGAGAUGGUGCAGUUUCUUGUGGAGAGCGGGAGUGACGUAAACAGAGGGGACAACGAGGGCUGGACUCCUCUGCACGCUGCGGCGUCCUGCGGAUUCAUCCAGAUUGCUAAAUACCUGAUAGAGCACGGUGCUCACGUCGGGGCGGUGAACAGUGAAGGAGAGCUUCCGCUGGAUGUGGCCACAGAGGACGCCAUGGAGAGACUUCUCAAAGCUGAGAUUAAAAAGCAAGCAAUAGACGUGGACAACGCCAGAAAGGAGGAGGAAAGGAUCAUGCUCCAGGACGCCAUGGCGGUGCUGGCAGGAAGUGGCACUCUCACACCUCACCCAAACACCAAGGCGACCGCUCUGCACGUUGCCGCUGCCAAAGGCUACAUCGAAGUCCUGAAGGUGCUGUUACAGUGUGGGGUAGAUGUGGACAGCAGGGACAUCGACGGCUGGACGCCCCUGCACGCAGCGACUCACUGGGGGCAGGAGGAAGUGUGCACCCUGCUGGCUGACCACAUGUGUGAUAUGGCUGCCGUCAACAAUGUGGGCCAAACACCUCUAGAUGUUGCCGAUGAGAACCUCGUGGACACUCUGGAGGAACUACAGAAGAGACAGAACGCUUUACGCAGUGAGAAAGAGAAACAGACUCCUGUUAUUGAGACCAGCCCGCAAAUCUCCAUGGUACCAGUUCGUGCACGCAGCAAGGAAAAAAUCUGCCUCCACGAGCGAGAGAAGCACCCGCCUCCUGCCCUGCAGAGCAGUCCGGCCGAGGACGAGGAGGAGGAAGGCCAGACGGGACAGAGUCAGUCUCAGGGCCAGGCGAAGGCCUCCAGCAGCUCCAGCUCGGAGGAGGAGAGCGAAUCGGAGAGUGACGGAGAGUCAGAGAAAGCGAAAAACCGAGAAAUCAUAAACAACUUGAAUAACAAACGAAACACCACCAGCCUGCUUCCUACCUCCAUGCCAACGAGUACUGCUGCAAGCCAAGUGAAAAAGCAGGAACCAAGCAAACCCACAGCCACCGAGGCCCCGGGCUCCUGGAGAACAUCUCUGAGGAAGGCAGGCAGCUCGGUGACUCUGGGCUCAGCUGGACUGUCUGACUCCAGCCAGGAACCCAGCAGACCUCCCGAGUCGGGCCUGGGCAUGACCCGCUCUGCCUCUAGCCCCCGCCUCAGCUCCGAGGCUGACACCAAGGAGCCGAGGCUUGCUCGGGUGCCGCCCACUCCGACACGGAGGCUCUUCAGUAUUCCAGACAGCAACCCUGACAACUCCAACAGUUGGCUAAGUCGUAGCUCCUCUUACACCCGGCGCCUUCAUAGUCAAACAGGGAAUGAUCUCACUAGUUCCACUCCCUAUUUGCUUCACAGCUCAUCUUAUGGAAAGAGACUGGAUGACCCCACCGUGACCUCAGCUAGCACAGGAACAAGCUCUGCCGGACUCAGCCGCCUUAAUAGCGUCUUGGGACAGAGACUUCCUCAGGAACAGACAGAAAAGAAGGAUCAGUCUGCCGUUACCACCUCCAACUUUCAGGGCACAACCGCAGGCGAACAGGAGACCAAGCAGAGGCGCAAAUCCUAUCUUACACCAGUGCGGGAUGAAGAAGCAGAGGCGCAGAGGAAGGCUCGCUCCCGACACGCACGGCAGUCCCGCCGCUCCACUCAGGGGGUGACACUAACCGAUCUGCAGGAAGCGGAGAAGACGAUGAAAACCAUGAAGAUGGACAACAAAGGGAGAGAAAAGAAGGAAGAGGAAGAGAAGGAGAAAGAGAAGGAAGCAAAACCGAAGAAGGGAGAGGAGGGGGAAGUGAGCUGGAGGUCUCGCAUUGCCAGCCUGCAGAAGUCGGACCUGCUGGGUCUCACGCAGCCCGCUGGCACUCCACGGCCUCAGGCUUCUGACAGGAGAGAUGUUGAGGCCAGCACGGGGGAGAGCGAGACCGAGCGAUGGGCCAGGGAGCGCAGGGAGAGGAGACAAGCUCGGGCCAGAAGGAAGGCACAGAGGACCGGGGAGAGUGAUGACAAUGACCCCAGUGGAGAGGAGGAGUUCUCAGGCAGUGGGCUGGAUCCACAGACAGACCAACACUUGAGUACCAGGUCAGAUGUAUCCUGUAACGACUGUACCCAGGGAGGAGAGUCUGAGACCAAGGAUUUUAAAAAGUUAUUUGAGGAGGUCUCCAGAGAAAACAGCCAGCUCCAGUCUCAGCUGCAGGACACUCAGAGGAUUGUCAGCCAGACUAGGCUGGACCUGGAAAAGGCCACACAGAGACAGGAGCGCUUCAGCGACUGUUCAGCCCUGCUGGAGCUGGAGAGAAAGGACCGGAGGAUGUUGGAGCGGCGAAUGGCAGAGCUGGAGGAGGAGCUUAAGGUUCUGGUUGACCUGAGAGCAGACAACCAGCGUCUUAAAGAUGAAAAUGGAGCACUGAUCCGUGUCAUCAGCAAACUCUCCAAAUAGACGAGGAGCGAGAGAGAGAGAGAGAGAGAGACACAAGAAGAGCAGGGAACCCCCUCCCCUUUCCCCUCCCUCCAUCCACCCAUCCCUCCUUCCACACAUUCCUCCCAGUGCCAAAGAGCGAGAGGGGGGAGAGAAGCAGCAGAAUGUCCUACGUACACGAACACCACAGCUCGACUUUGGAUUGUGAUGCCUCUCUGCGAACAGCUGGAGUGGCUUUUGUGUGCCUUAAUGCCCAUCAGUCACAGGAAGACCGAUGGCAUGACGGCCCCUGUGGCUUCAGUCAGAGGCUCUGACAGUAGCAACACGAGACUUGACGACAGCCCAAAAUGCCCGACGGCUGGUGCAACACACGAAAGAACACGACAUCUACUACGACCGUGCAUCAGGGGAACCCGAACAUGCACACACAUUCCUAUGCGUGCAUCACAUACUUCCUCAAUGCACAUUCCACUGAGGGCACAAGGCAGCUUGGGCCUUAAAAGCUCCCACUUAGUAUUUAUUUUUUUUGUGAACACACUCACGUCACACACUCACAAAUUUACCCGACUCACAGUCCAAAUCUAAUGUGUUGUCAAGCAGUAAAGGUUUUGGUGUAUUCUUUUAAAAGUCAGCUCUGAAACACAUUUCAGGCUCCGUCUUUACAUUCAACAACGUCCCGACAACACGAGGGAGGGGGCGGGGGGUGGCGGAGAAAUGUCCAUGAAGCUCUGUUGGGUUGUUUUGUUUCCACAUGCAAGUGUUUGAACCCACCUACCUCUCCACCUAUGCACUUCCCCACAUGACAUUUUAAUUUUUUGUGACCACAGACACACUCCAUGCUCUUAAAAAUGACCGCGUAACCAGGUCAGUCGACCGCAGCACUUUACUCUCUGCAAAGCAGUAAAAGAUCUGCGAGGCUUUGCCUGUCCUCCAGACAAGACGAUUUUUACUUUUCAGAGCAGCGCCUUCUCACUUAGUAAGUGGAGGGAGAAGUUAUCCAUAGCUGAAGGUCAAAGGUCAUUGCACAGUUAUUAAAAAUUGCUGUUCUGUCAAAGCCUAUAUGCUAUGAAUGGUUUUAAUUAUUACCAUUGAUAAAGAUAUUAUUUUCAUAGUUUUUCAUCGUCAGUUCCUCUCUUGCAAGGGAGCAUGGUUAUGUAUAAUACAUGUGUAUAAAUAUUAGUCUUGAAUAAUACCCUUUUGAAGUAAAAUUCCAUGUAGCCUUUCUUCACAUGUUGGUUUUCUAAUAUAUUAAAUGGAUGUCUGCACCCUAAUAAAAAAAAGUGUGUUUGUA